GAAGAUGAGCCACCACGACAGACAAUUCCAACCGUUGGCUCCGGGGCCGCCACGAAUAUUCGCCCCGCAGACGUCGACAGCGAUUACUCGGCCAAAGAAGAAUUCCACAGCUUGCCUGGCCUGCAAAGCGGCGAAACGAAAGGUGAAUCAGGCAAUUGUUCUGGUCCCCCGGAGCCAUGUAAAGCGUGCCGAAGUUCCAACACCGAAUGCCAUUUCGACCCAAGCCGAGAUCUUCGACGCAAAGUCGCCGUGAAACGAACAAUCCAGGAGCUCAGCAAUUACAAAGAGUUGCUCGAUUCCUUGCUUAGUACCCUCCGAUCAGCGGAUCAACCCGAGAUAGACAAGGUGAUGAACCUGAUUCAAAACGAUCGUUCGCUGCAGGAGCUCGCUUGUGCCGUAGGAUGUUCAGCCACUACCUUCGAAGACGCUGGGACACUGUCGGCGACAAGUCACUUGGCAAUUUCGGAAGAUGGGGACCAUCCUAUGGAGAUGAAUACUGGCCAGCUGAACACAAAGGUCGUAUCGGCUUCGGAUACAGAGGUAACCUCACCAGAUGAGGCCCAUCCCAAAGAGGGCUCGCAGACAGGGUCGAGCCCGUAUGCCCGUAUAUCAUUGGAAAGCCUAUGCGAUAACCCCCCUUUCAUGGUGCCAGCGAGGCCAUGGACGGAAGUUACCGAUGACGAGGCUUUAGUCUCGCAUCUUGUUUCGCUGUACUUCACAUGGGAUCAUCCAUGUGCGCAAUUCGUCGACCAAACCAUUUUUCUUGAGCAUAUGAAGCUCCAAGACCUGAGUUCGGAGUUCUGCACGCCACUCUUGGUUAAUAGCCUCUUAUCGAUGGCAAGCAUCAGCCCGUCGCACAUUUUCGUCUUUGGCAAAGAGACUAAAGGCCUUCGCAGGUUGAAAUGUCAAGGAAAAAUCGAACUGGCCUGGCUGAUGCUCCGGCAGGCUGUCCAAAUAGCCCAGGGUAUGGGGUUUUUUGGAGCUCCGCGGGUGUUACAUCAAUCCACGAAAAGCAUAUCACCAGAGAUGCAACGUGUCCAUGCUAUCACUUCCUGGGGCAUCUUUAACAUGAACUCAGAAAUGUCCAUGGAUCUGGAAAAGGGGGCUCAUUUGGAACGGCCUGUAUCAAGAGUCAAUUCAGGAGGCGACGAGGAUGUACCGUGGAUUCCGUAUCCGCGGUCCAACCAUAUCACAUAUACCAAACAGCCUGCCUGUCUCCCCGCAACCAGGGAGUUAUUAGCCGAAUUAACCAAUAUCACGGUGGAUACCCAGGAGCUUUUUUUCGAUCAAGGUGAAGGACUACCGAUCGGCUCGGAUGUCCUAAGUGCCAAAGCAAUUGAGCUUUAUAAUCGUCUGCAGCAAUGCCUCGAGAGCUGGGCCAAUGUGUCACGGAUGGCAAAGGAGUUCACUCCUCAGCAACUCGUCGUACGCAUCAAAUGCCUGCAAGCUAUGAUAGCUCUCCACCACAUGCUGUCUAGCCGUGAUCAACGGGGACCGGUAUCGGCUCGUUGGAAACAGUUGCAGCGGUACCAGAGCAAACUCGCCGAGGAGAUGGCUCAGUGUCUCCGUAUCCAGCGUCAGUCGUAUGGGCUCAAGUAUAUCCCCAGCCAGAUAGUCGACGCCACGGAGUUUUGUUUCCGAGUGCUAGUGUGGCAGCUGGAAAAUAGCGAUGGGGCGAGACAGGCAUUUAUUGAGUUAUGUCGGUUUGCCGUGGCUCUCAGUGAAAGGUUUCAGGGAGCAGCCGUGACGAUUCAGAGGAUCCAAUCUCUCGCGCAGAGUCAGACCCUCAGGCUACCUCCAGAAGCCAUCAACAUCCUGAAUGAUGCAGAGAACUGGAAGGGUAUCGACCCGUAA